AUGUUUGGACGAACUCAACACAAUGGAGUGGUCCAAGUGGGCUCUCGCACGUUUGAAGCGCAAGAAUUACAAAAGUUAAUUCCACAGCUUGAAGAAGCUAUACAGCGAAAAGACCAACAGCUGAAAGCGCAACAAGGAACGGUAGAGAAUCACAUACGACGAAUUGCUGAGCUAGAGGCAGAAGUAACAUCACUGCAGGUGGCUUUUCAAUAUUUUGUUUACCAGAUCUCUCAGUGA